UGAUUACUUAGGCACGUAUACUUACUUUGGAUACUAUCUGAUUAGUUUAAAAUUACAACAAAUCACAAUAUUCAAAUUAGUACUUCUUGAUACCGUUACCUCAUUAAAAGUGCUAGCAAAAGUGAGUUUAUUUUUAGAAAGAAUAUUUAACCGGUUCCGUGCCUAACCUAGCAUAAGUAUCUAUUACUUACCUGCAUAACAGGAAAAUGAUAAGAAUGAACUCCAGCGAUUUGCGUCAAAGUGAAUACAGGACAGUGUUAAUAAUUUAAAAGAAACUUAAAUCGUGAGUGCCCAGCUUAGAGAUUACAAUAGCAAACGUGACUGAGAAUAGAAGCUAAAUAGAUCUGAGUGAGUACAAAUGCAUUUCCCAUUAAUUCUGUGUCUGGUGGGGCUGGUAGCCUGCAACCACCAUCAUGAGAGAACCAAUCAGCUGCCAGGUCGCUCCACCAUCGUCCACCUCUUCGAGUGGAAGUGGACAGAUAUAGCUGAUGAGUGUGAGAGGUUUUUAGCUCCAAAGGGCUUCGGGGGAGUUCAGAUCUCACCACCAAACGAGAACGUAAUAGUUCAGUUAGAAGAUGGCAAGCGACCGUGGUAUGAGCGUUACCAGCCUAUGUCAUACAUCCUCACCACACGGUCGGGAAAUGAGCAAGAUUUUGUCAACAUGACGCGAAGAUGCAAUGCUGUUGGAGUCAGGAUAUAUGCAGACGUGGUGGUGAACCACAUGGCAGCCGACAACCCUAUAAACAGAGGAACAGCAGGUAGCACGGCAGAUUUCAAAAACGACUACUUUCCAGCCGUACCUUACAGUCAGGAACAUUUCCACCAUCCGGUGUGUUCUGUUAACGACUACAAUAAUGCUGCAGAGGUUCGCAAUUGCCAACUGGUGGGUCUCAAAGACUUGAACCAAACUAUGGACUACGUUCGUGGAAAAAUUGUCGAAUACUUCAAUCACUUGAUCAAAUUGGGCGUCGCUGGCCUAAGAGUGGACGCAGCAAAACACAUGUGGCCGGAAGAUCUGAAGAACAUUUACUCCCGGCUAGAUAAUUUGAAUCCUGAGUUCGGUUUUGCCCCAAAUUCUAAACCAUACAUUUUCCAAGAGGUAAUUUACUAUGGAAAUGAGGCUAUCCAUCCUGAAGAAUAUACUUCUUUCGGUGACGUGACUGAGUUCAGGGUGGGGGCUGAAUUGAAGAAUGUGUUCCGUGGGAAGAAUGCUCUCAAAUGGCUGGUCAACUGGGGCGAGCAGUGGGGGCUGGCUCCCAACAGUACCGCAUUGGCUUUUAUUGAUAACCACGACACCCAGAGAUCCAAUGAUGUGUUAACUUAUAAGGAGUCCAGGGCUUAUAAGGGUGCCAUAGCAUUCAUGCUGGCUCAUCCUUAUGGAGAACCUCGCGUGAUGAGCAGUUACUUCUUCUCAAACGACAAACAAGGACCACCGCAGGACGCCCAAAGUAAUAUUAUAAGUCCAUCCAUAAAUGCAGAUGAUACCUGUGGCAACGGCUGGGUCUGCGAGCACCGCUGGCGACAGAUCUACCAGAUGGUGGCAUUCAGGAAUGUCGCCAGAGACACCAGCAUCGAAAACUGGUGGGACAAUGGGAACAACCAGAUCGCUUUUAGCAGGGCCAACAAAGCAUUCAUCGCUUUUAACUUGGAGAAUAAUGAUCUGGUGCAGAAUUUGCAGACUGGUCUACCUCCAGGUGACUAUUGUGACGUCAUCACGGGUACCAGAAAAGGAAACUCGUGUACUGGUACCAAAGUGACGGUCGAUGGUGAUGGUAGAGCUAACAUAGUCGUGCCUGCAAGUGGUGAAGAUAUGCAUCUGGCUAUUCACGUUGGACCAGAGUCAUCACUACAAGCACCUACCGACCGACGUUUUAGUGGAAUAUCUAUUUCUUGGCAUGGGUAACUUAAAAACAUGGAAAAUUGACGAUCAACUUAAUGGACUGUUUUGCACAUAAUUAAGCUAAAAGCACAUCAGCAUUCUGUUAGAUAUUGUCAGUUGUUUAUGGAAUAAUGAUGAUUAAAAAUUCUGAUAUGCGCGCCGAAUUUUUCAAAGUAAACAUAACAAAUGUUGACUUUAUCUGUUCUAUGAUAGUGAUUAUAUUUUCUACUACUAUUCGGAAGAAUGCUGAUGUUCUUUCAACUUUCUAACUUUAAUUUUAAGAUAUUUACUCGUUUUAUAUAAGCUAUACCCGUCAUAAUAAAUUAAAUUAGACACGACACUGACUAUAAAAAAUUGUAAUGUAUGAGUCUAAUAUUUGUAAAUUAAAUGCGAAAUAAAGAUAAAGAUUGUAUUACUACCUACGUAA